GCUACCUACCAUUCUUCCCUCCAUUUCCAUCUUAAGUUCUCAAGGAAGAAGGCAGUUGGCCCCCAAGGCUCCCAAGUCAAGUUGGCUCCAACACUCCACCAGCAUCCCUCAUCCUCCCCCCCCUUAUUACCUCUGUGAAUGCCCGAUUCGGCCCCGGUACUCCGGAAAUGGAGGUUCUCGAGACCGUUCCGCUUCACGCACAGGCUCAAGUUCAAGGGGCGACUUCAUCUUCGAUGUUCAGUAUUGAUGCCGUGAUCGCUCUGUGCGUGUUCUUUGCUCUGCUCUCAGCAUGCAUUAUCAUCGGGCAUCUCCUGCACGGGAACCGCUGGGCUAAUGAAUCGAUCACAGCUCUUCUGCUGGGUUUGCUAUCAGCAGGAGUGGUUUUGCUGUGCACUAAAGGCAAGAGUUCGCGUUUGCUCUCAUUCAGCGACAACUUGUUCUUCCUCUUUCUACUUCCGCCGAUCAUCUUCAAUGCUGGGUUCCAGGUCAAGAAAAAGCGGUUUUUCAAGAACUUCUCGACCAUUUUCUUGUUUGGUGUGCUUGGCACAUGUAUCUCAUUUUGUAUCAUUUCACUCGGUGUCUUCUGGCUGUUCCGGAAACUUGGUGUGACUGCUCUUGGUGUUCAGAAUUACCUAGCGAUUGGAGCUAUCCUCUCAGCCACUGACUCAGUCUGCACAUUGCAGGUUCUCAGUCAAGAUGAAACGCCCUUCCUCUACAGUAUCGUGUUUGGGGAGGGAGUAGUGAAUGAUGCUACGUCCAUCGUUCUCUUCAAUGCAGUGCAGUCCAUUGACUUCAGUAAUAUCAAUGGGCUCAUCGCUCUGAAGUUGCUCGGAACCUUUCUCUACCUUUUCUUCACUAGUACUGCACUUGGAAUCGCUGCCGGUCUUCUAAGUGCUUACAUCAUAAAGACACUCUACUUUGGAAGACACUCAACAGAUCGUGAAGUCGCUCUCAUGAUGCUGCUGGCAUACUUGUCCUACAUGUUGGCAGAGCUUUUUGAUCUAAGUGGAAUAUUGACGAUUUUCUUCUGCGGCAUAGUAAUGUCGCACUAUACAUGGCACAACGUAACUGAGAGUUCACGGAUCACAACCAAGCACAUUUUCGCGACCAUUUCCUUCAUUUCUGAAACUUUCAUAUUCCUGUAUGUCGGGAUGGACGCUUUAGAUAUCAACAAGUGGAGAAAUGCAAAAGCGAGUGCAGCAACUUCAAUUGCGAUCAGUUCAACACUUUUAGGUUUAAUGAUGAUCGGUAGAGCAGCCUUCGUGUUCCCACUCGCAAAUAUAUUGAAUUUCACGAAAAGGAGCGAUAGUGAAAAGAUCGUGUUCCGGCAGCAGUUUAUAAUGUGGUGGGCAGGCUUAAUGAGAGGUGCAGUUACCAUUGCUUUGUCUUACAGUGAGUUUGCCCGAACACAGAAGACAUCGGCAAAGGACAGCGCACUGAUGAUCACUUGCACAUUAAUUAUUGUCUUGUUCAGUACAGUGGUAUUUGGCUCCAUAACCAAACCUCUGAUUGAAGCAGUGCUGUUACGGCACAGAAAACCAGCGGUUUCAGAUGCAACUGACAUCCCGAGCCUCGAGGACCUGAGACUGCUCUUCGUUGAAACAGGGGAUCAGGGCGACCAAGGUAACAAUGAAAUGCCUAAAAGGAGCAGUCUCAGUUUGCUGAUAAGGUACCCAACUUGGACCGUCCAUUACUUGUGGCGGAAGUUCGACGACAAGUUCAUGAGACCAGUGUUUGGUGGGAGAGGUUUCAUCCCAUUUGUCCCAGGAUCGCCAACUAGUACUGCUGAUGAAGGGCCCGAGAAUCCCUGAUUCUCAGGUUUGGCUAUUCAUUUUUCUCCCUUUUGUUAUAUCUAUUCAUAAAUUUUGUAUUCAUUUUGCGGUGGGUGUAGUAUACAGUCGAGCUAAAUAUCUGGCUGUAUAGAGGGAUAUGAAUCAAGGAAAAAUUGGUAAAGUUCUUGUUUUCCGAAGCAA